GAGCGAGCGGAGCACGCAACUGCCGGAGGGAGACGAGAGUGUGGUAGAGGAGUACAUCCAGCUCGAGGGGGGUUGUUGCCACCAUGCCUCGGCGUUCGGAGAGAAGCCGGUCAAGCGGAGCACGAUCAGCACCAACUCCAACACGAUGGAGGCAGUUUGUCGAUGCCCUGGAAAGCAACCAGAAUUUCGAGUACCUCUAUUGGCUACAGAUGGGUAUAGGUGUGUGUUUCGACUGGACGCUGCGGCUCAUGGGGCCGCUGCUGUUGCUCUUCGCGACGGGUCUGAUAUCUUGCGUGAUCUGCAUGUACUUCAAGUUCAUUCUCCCGGCCACGGCCACGUUCGGUUCCUUACCGUAUCUCCUGCACGCAACGUUGGCGCUGUUCAUCUCCUUCAACUUGUUCUUCAACUACUACCACUGCGCCUUCACCCACCCCGGCAAGCCCGAGCUGUUCUUGCCUUCCAGCUGCAUGAGCGAUAGCGACGACGAUCUCACGGAAGACGAUGAGGAAACGGGCGGCAGGCCUCUCCUAUUGAUCACGGAGGGGGCGGCGAUCUCAAGGGUCAACGCCGGGGGGGGUAACAGCACGGCCGCUGCCGAUGGGGGCGGGGAAGGGGGACGCAACAACAGCAACGCAAAUGUCAGCAGGGGGAGCAUGCAUGCGGGAGGGGGAGGAAGGGUCCGUGUGCGGUGCGGCUACUGCAAGAAGUGCAAGGGGCCCAAGCCCGCCAGAGCACACCACUGCCACGUCUGCAACCAGUGCAUCGUGAACAUGGACCACCACUGCCCGUGGAUGAACAACUGCGUGGGCUACCUGAACUACCGGUAUUUCGUUCUCUUCCUUAUGUACAUGUUCGUCGGCUGCGUCUACGCGGUGCUUGUCUCAGCCCCUCAGUUUAUGGCCAUGGCAAAGUCUCCUGGGGCCCGGCGAAAGCCGUCGCCUAUGGAGAUGACCCAACACUCUGCCAUCAUGAUGACCUUCGUGCUGGCUCUGUCUGUGGGUGUCGCCAUCUCCGUUUUGUUGGGAUGGCACAUCUACCUCAUCUGUAGCGGGCAAACAACCAUAGAGUUCUACCAGAAUCAAAGCCACCGCUCGAGGGCAAGACAGUGGGGAGAGCUUUGGAGCAACCCAUUCGAUGUGGGGUGCAAGGGUAACUGGCAGCAGGUGUUCGGGCCUCAGCCCUUCUUGCUGGCUCUCCUGCCGAGCAGGCGUCCGCCGCCCCCGCCGUUGAUAGACUUUUUCCCGCUGGAGGACGAAGACCAAGACCAACGACAGCGCUUCUCGGAUGAGGGAGAGUGGACGGUGGAUGAACCCAUGAGCGCCGUCGUGUAGUUUGUUGUAUUACAAUCAGCAUCACGCCCGGCCCGCUGUCCAGGACAGAGCAGGUCUGCUGGUAAAGUAUGCGUAGCAGCAUAUAGGGGCACAUGUUUUGAGACAUGAGGUUGGGUGUUGACGUUGAUGUUCGCGAGAGGCAUUGAACGACGCCUAUCGAGUUGCUGGAAUUGCCGAACCUGGCUAGGUCGGAUGUGGAUAGGAUAUCAUAUGAGCCAGCAGCGCGUGUUUGCGGUCUCUGCACUCUUCGGCACACGAUUUGCCUCGGUCUCCCUUGUAUUUCCGGUACAUUUGGCACCGCUGUGUGCAUUUAUUUUCUGUGCUCAUGUUGGAGAAAGGGUGGUCUAAGCGGUCGCACAUUUCGUUUUGGAUUCUUGCUUAAUUCAAGUAUCUGGCGCCCUGGGCGAGCACGACGCCAUGCAUUUACCCGGCAACCUGGGUACCAAGUUACUAUAUCGGUGUUUCAGUGUUUUACGUGCUAGAAUAGAAUACUUGUAUUCGUAACAUGUAUUCGAUGUAACGGCCAGCGGAUGAAUUUCAUCCAGUGAGUGAAGGUUGGAAGCAACACGCUUACGUAAGCCCUGCGUGAUGCAUGCCAUCCAGAAUUUUUGGCAUCGGAGCAGUUUGAAAGCGCCGCACCAGCCGCAGUUCAUCGUAGAUGGUGUGCUGCGACCCAACUGCUGCUGCUGUUCCUCUUGCUUGACCUACCAUUUGGACGAGGAUGCGUGCUGUAGUUUUUUUUGUACAUGAAGACGUAGCCUUGACGUGGGAUACUGGAGCCAGUGUUGCGUUUGUUAUCCGAGUAGACUAUGUAAGCACUGCUGCUGUUGUGUGGUAUUUAUUUACAUGCCUCCCGGGACCUCACGUGUGCGGGGUCUUCGGUGCUUCGCAAGUUCAAUGUGAACCCUGAUCGAUUUCCGUAUUAUACUGUACCCUUGUGAUCCGAGGCAUGGUCCACCUUUCCUUUCAGUAUCGAAUAGUGGUACAGAAGCAGUUGAACAGCAGUGAAAGAAUUAAGCCAAGAGAUCUACAUUGACUCUUUGCCAAUGUCGCCGCAUUAUGGGUAUAUUCACAUGGCUUUCCCUGCAUUUCCGAAGAAAAUAUUAAACCAGUUGCU